GCAAUUACAUUUGGGAGAUAUACAUAGUUGACUCUGCAGUCAACUCCUCAUGAAAGUGUACAAUUGAGAAACCUUUCCACAAAAACUACGCGAGUUUUCAACACUUUGCCUUCAGAAGAAAACACCAUUUACAUUUCUCUUUUUAUAGCUUAAAACUUUACUUGGAAGUGCAGGUGUUAUUACUCUCUGCAAUGAAACUCCAAGAAUUCUUAUCUUUUUUGGUGAUAUCAAUCUGUGUGGUUGCUGGCCUUUGUGUUGAAGAUGAUGAGCAAUCAUUGCUGUUGCAAUUGAAGAACAACCUUAGUUUCAACAGUGAAAGAUCAAGCAAACUGAAGGUAUGGAAUGAAAGUAUUGCUUGCUGCAAUUGGAAUGGUGUUACUUGUAAUGAUGAGGGCUAUGUUAUUGGUCUUGACCUGAGUGAAGAAUCCAUCACUGGUGGAUUUGACAAUACAAGCAGCCUGUUCAGCCUCCAACAUCUCCAGAGCUUAAGUUUGGGAUAUAACAAUUUCAGUUCUGUGAUCCCUCCAACAUUCAACAGAUUGAAGAAUUUAACUUACCUGAGUUUGUCAUAUGCUGGCUUUGUGGGGCAGAUUCCAAUAGAGAUUUCUCAGCUGACAAGAUUGGUGACUCUUGAUAUCUCAAGUGUUUCCUAUUUAACAGGAGAAGAGCUGAAACUUGAGAACCCAAAUCUAGGAAUGCUUGUUCGAAAUCUCAGCAGUAUUCAGCAAUUGUAUCUGGAUGGUGUAACUAUGACAUCUCAGGGAGAGGAAUGGUGCAAUUCUUUGCUGUUUCUGCCCAACCUGAAAGAAUUGAGCAUGUCAAAUUGCAAUCUCUCAGGACCCAUUGAUGCUUCCCUGGCAAAUCUUGUGAAUCUCUCAGUCAUUAUUCUUGAUGAGAAUAAUUUAUCAUCUACAGUGCCAGAAACCUUUGCCAAUUUGAAGAAUUUGACCACCCUUAGCCUUUCUUCAUGUGGGUUGAUUGGAACGUUUCCACAAAAGAUCUUCCAGGUUAGAACACUGUCAUCCAUUGACAUAUCAUACAAUUCUAACCUUCAAGGUUGCUUUCCAUCCUUCCAACUGAGUGGAGCUCUACAUACUUUAAUAGUAAGUAUAACGAGCUUCUCUGGAACACUUCCUAGUUCACUAUCAAACCUCAAUGGCCUCAGUUACUUGGAUUUGUCAUUUAACAACUUCACUGGUCCAAUCCCAUCUUUUGGAAUGGCAAGAAAGCUUUCCUACAUAGAUCUUUCUCGUAAUAAUUUUAGUGGGUCAAUUCCAUCAUCUGCUCACUUUGAAGGACUACAAAAUCUCAUCAGCAUCAACCUGGGUUACAAUUCCAUCGGUGGAAAAAUUCCUUCAUCUCUUUUUAGACUCCCAUUACUGCAGAAGAUUCAACUUUCCAACAACCAAUUUGGUCAAUUGGAUGAACUCAAGAAUGUUUCUUCCUCUAAGUUAAACACUCUUGAUUUAAGUAGCAACAACAUAUCAGGUCCAAUACCAGCAUCCCUCGUCCAGCUCACAGGACUCUCUAUCCUCCAGCUUUCCUCAAACAAGUUCAAUGGUUUGAUGCAGCUAAAUAAGUUUUUGGAUCUCAGAAAUUUGACCACACUGGACCUUUCGUACAAUAACUUGUCAGUCAAUGUGAAUAUCAACCUAUCUUCCAUUGCAAACAUUAUCACUCUAAAUUUGGCAUCCUGCAGAUUGAAAGUUAUCCCUGGUUUCUUGAGAUAUCAGUCUAAAUUAUCCACUCUAGAUCUCUCAGGCAACCAAAUUCAAGGAUCAGUGCCCAACUGGAUUUGGAAACUGGAAAAUCUUCAAAGCCUUAAUGUGUCUCACAAUUUUCUAACUGAUUUCGAAGGGCCACUUCAGAAUCUUAGUUCCAAUUUGUUUGUCCUUGACCUUCACUACAAUCAACUUCAAGGGACAGCUCCUGUUUUUCCUAAAUCUGCUGUCUAUGUAGAUUACUCAAACAACAAUUUUAGCUCCUUUAUCCCAGAUGGAAUUGGUGGUUACCUGUCUGGCACAAUUUAUCUUUCUCUUGCAAACAAUAGAUUCCAUGGCAGCAUCCCUUAUUCCAUCUGCAAUGCCUCUAGUCUUCAAGUUCUUGAUUUUUCCCAUAAUAACAUUUCAGGUACAAUUCCCUAGUGCUUAAUAAGAUUAAGUCAGAUGUUUGGGGUGAUGAAUCUGCGCCAGAACAAUCUCUCAGGCCUUAUCCCGGAUAUGUUUCCAGCAUCUUGUGCUCUGAGGACUCUUGAUCUCCAUGGAAAUAAAUUAGAAGGGCAUAUUCCAAAAUCUGUUGGUAAUUGCACAACACUAGAGGUGUUGGACCUUGGGAACAAUCAAAUUACAGAUGGAUUUCCAUGUUCGUUGAAGAACCUAUCCACUCUCCGUGUGCUAGUAUUGCGAGAUAACAACUUCCAUGGCAACAUUGGAUGUCCAAAAACCAGUGAUACAUGGAAAAUGCUUCAGAUUGUUGACCUGGCCUUUAACAAGUUUAAUGGUGCUCUACCUGGAAAAUGGUUCAGAACAUGGGAGGCAAUGAUGGAUGAUGAAAACAAGGCUGAUUCUGGGGUAAAUCAUCUCCAAUUUGAGGUACUUAAAUUUCGUACGAAAUAUUACCAGGAUUCGGUAACAGUUACAAGCAAAGGUCUAACGAUGGAGUUAGUUAAGAUUCUAACUAUCUUCACUUCCAUCGACUUUUCAUCUAACCAUUUCGAAGGAGAAAUACCGAAAGAACUGUAUGAUUUCAAAGCACUCUAUGUGCUUAACUUAUCGAACAAUGCUCUUUCUGGACAGCUUCCAUCAUCUAUAGGGAAUUUGAAACAUCUUGAGUCACUAGACCUGUCAAAGAACUCAUUACAAGGAGAAAUUCCCACUGAGCUUGCAAGUUUGAAUUUCCUUUCAGUCCUGAAUAUCUCCUUUAAUCAGCUGCAGGGAAGAAUCCCCACAGGUACUCAAAUCCAAUCAUUUCUCAACACUUCCUUCGUUGGUAAUAACGGAUUAUGUGGACCCCCUUUGACUGCAAACUGCAGUGCUACUCAUGACACAUUCAAUUCACUUGGGCAGCAAGAUUCUGCAAUUGAUUGGAAUUUUAUUAGUGUGGAAGUUGGUUUCAUUUUUGGCCUUGCUGUUGUCAUUGGUCCCAUCUUGUUUUGUAAGAAAUGGAAGCUCAAGUAUUGGCAAUUUCUGGACAGAGUUCUUUGUUGGAUCUUUCCUCAGCUGAGUUUGGAAUAUGAAAGGCGUGGAGGGCAAAGUUACAAUGUUCUGGUAUGGAGGAGGUACUAGUCAUAUUAUUUAGUAUCUAUAAUUGUUGAUGAUGCUAUUGAUGCAUGAGCAGCAA